GUCCAGCGUUGGAAACUGGCCAUCUCCUGCAUGCUGGAAAUAUGGCUGGAUUAUUAUGGGGACGACUUUUGUCAGCUCCCCGAAUUUCCCUCCCUUAUGAAAAUUCUGCAAUUCGUAAGACAGCACAUGCCAGGUUCAGACGUGGAACUCCGUGCCCGGCGUAACCUCCAGCAAUUCAGACGCCUCCAUACAGUGGAGCCAGAGGCUGGGGCUUCAGCCCAAGGAAAACACGCUGAAGCAGCUCAGGAGCAAGUCCCAGCUCUGACCGUGGGGACUGCUGCCCCGUCGGGGCCUGCGGGGAUCCAGGCCGUCCCGGCUGCUGGGGCUGAGGGCUCGGCCCGCGCUGAAGCGCCCGCUGGGGAGGUGAAGCCCCUGCAGAUAGUGGUCACUGCUCUAGUUCACUGCUCAGCCCUGGAGGAGCCCCCUGCACCCGCGGCCACCCCAGAGGAGGAGCAGGCCCCGGCACCUGCAAUCGGGGUCCCCAGAGUGCCAGAGCCGCCACCUGCAUCUGGAACAACUGGCUUCGACCCCUGAGCUCGCCCCAGCUCCCAACGCAGGGCUCGUGGUGGCUGCAGCCCAACGGAGGCUUGCCCUCCCCUGGCAUUUCACUGUUUCUAUAUUUUCCAUUUUUCUU